GCCAAAAGCGAAUCCCAGCGCCGGGGCUCGGCAGAGGCUCCGUCGGCUCCCGGCCCCGCUCCUUGCCCAAGCGUCUGCGCUGCGCACACGUCCCAGCCAUGGCAAGAAACCACCAAGUGCAGAAGGCCAAGCUGGCCGAGCAGGCUGAGCGCUACGAGGACAUGGCAGACUUCAUGAAGGCGGUGGUGGAACACGGGGACGAGCUGUCCAACGAGGAGCGCAACCUCCUGUCCGUUGCCUACAAGAACGUGGUGGGGUGCCAGCGCUCGGCGUGGAGGGUCAUCUCCAGCAUCGAGCACAAAACCGAAGAGGGGGAUGACAAAGCGCAGCUGGUGAAUGAGUAUCGGGAGAAGGUGGAGCGGGAGCUGAAUGGGGUCUGCAAGAACGUGCUGGCCUUGCUGGACAAGUAUCUCAUCAAGAAGGCGAGCGAUGCUGAGAGCAAGGUCUUCUACCUGAAGAUGAAGGGCGACUAUUUCCGAUACCUGGCCGAGGUGGCCACCGGGGACGACCGCAAGAAGACGAUAGACAACGCCCAGGAAGCCUACCAAGAGGCCAUGGACAUCAGCAAAAAGGAGAUGCAGCCCACGAACCCCAUCCGCCUGGGGCUGGCCCUCAACUUCUCCGUCUUCCACUACGAGAUCGCCAAUGCCCCCGAACAGGCCAUCUCCCUGGCCAAGACCACCUUCGACGAGGCCAUGGGGGACCUGCACACGCUCAGCGAAGACUCCUACAAGGACAGCACCCUCAUCAUGCAGCUGCUCAGGGACAACCUCACGCUAUGGACAGCCGAGUGCGCCGGAGAAGACGGCGGCGAGGCUGGCGAAGAGCCCAAGAACUGAACCAGCCCCCAUGGAGCCGGGGACUGGCCUCCACCUGCCUUCCCCCACCCCUCCAGUCCCUUCGGCAUCUCCUCGUAGUUUUCUUUGUUUUUGGUUAUUUUUGUGGUUAUUUUUUGGGGGGGGGGGGAGGGAAGGCAUCUCGGCUCCCACACAGCCCCCCCCAGCCUGGAUGCCGGGAAGGUGGAUUUGGCAUGGCACCCCACCCCUCCCCUCUCCCCCAUCUUCUGCUCUGGGGUGGGGGAAAGGAGGGAGAGGGGGUUCCUCCACCCCAGCCUCCUGCCAGCCCCUCACUAUUUAACAUUUGGGGGGGGGGGGCAGCCUGGUCUAUGCUGGCUCCAAACCCCCUAUUUUGGAGGGCUGGAGCUGUGAUGGGAGGAGGUGAGGGGCCGAGGGGGGGUCCGGGCAGCCCCCCCAUCUCGGAAGGGGGUGAUUUGAAUUGCCAAAGCCUCCAAUAAACCGUCUCCUGCACCCCUGC